AUGUCUCUUAUAGUACAGUCCAAGAUCUCACUUCCGAUCCCGAAAAUUCUCGACUGGAACGAUGAUCCUUCUAAUCCGACUGGGACUGAAUAUAUCAUCCAGGAGCAUGUGGCGGGUGUUCAACUACACCAAGUGUGGCCUGCAAUGAACACGGAACAGCAUAUGCUGUGUACCAAAGCGCUUUCAUUGACAUUGAAAAAGAUGGCUUCUCUGGACUUCCCGGCUUAUGGGAGUCUAUACUUCGCAGAUGCACCUCUAGACUCUAACUCCAAGGUUCCCUUUGAACAGGGCUUCUGUAUAGGGCCACAUUGCAGUCCGGUCUUCUGGAACCGGAAUUCAGGGGAAAACGAGCUCUACGGUGGCCCAAGUCCCAAUUGCGGACCUUGGAAAGACCUCGCAAGUUAUUAUCAUGGCUUGAUAGAUACCGCUUUCUCUCGUUUGCCCACAGCAGCCACUAGUAGUCGCGAGACUCUGCGACAUCAAGGAUCAAUCCAAGAUCAUAUCCGUCUAUUGAAAAUCAGUCAAGAGGUGAUACAAAAGUUAAUCGAAGAUCAGCGCAUUAAGGAUGCUACUACUCCAGCUCUUCUCCACCCGGACUUCCACAAGAGGAAUAUCUUCGUCUCAGCCAACGAACCAACCGUUAUUACUGGCCUGAUAGAUUGGCAAUCAACAAGCGUCGAGCCCGCGUUUAUCUAUGCCAAUGAGACACCCGAUUUCGCUGCGCUUUCGGUCAUUCCCGACGAAGAUUCAUCCGAGAACGAUCAAGAUGACCCUGAACUUUCUAAGCGGCAGGAAAGAGAACUGAGAGAUACAUCCAUCUGCUACCAGACAUACGAUGUGAUCAUGACAGGCCUUACUCCUAAACUCCGCCCCGCAAGAUUACUUGACCCAACUCUUUUCCGACUCUUUCACUACAGCCAAACAACAUGGAGCGACUCCGCUGCUGCUAUCCGCCAAGAAUUGAUCGAACUUUCGACUGGCUGGGAAGAGCUAGGCCUAGAGGGCUCAUGUCCAUAUACUCCCACAGAAGCGGAAUUAAAGCAGCAUGCUCGAGACUACGAAGAUUUUGAGUCCGUUCAAGCACUGAAAUUAUGGCUAAAAAACACACUUGAUACAGAUUCUCACGGAUGGAUCCCGAACGAUGCAUGGGACGCUGCGAGGGCUGUUCAUCGCGCAGCGUAUGAUGAAUGGAUACAGACUGCCAAAGACGCUGAGUCUCGCGGUGAAGACAUGACAGUGGAAAGGGCGGAUAAGAUGUGGCCAUUUGACGCUAGGUAG